CGGUUCUGUAUAUUUUGUGGGUAAAAGGUUGUUUUUAUCAGCUCUUAUUACUUUAAAACUAACGURUCUUGGCAAAUAUACCUCUCAGCUGUAACAUGUGAGGUUAGUAAUUUUAUUUUAAGAGUAAUUCAAUCUUUUUAUUGAAUUUUUUUUUGAGUCUACGAAGAAACCGUCGAGUCUCCUUGAACAAGUGCGUAGGUGACGAGAAACAUGGCGUAUUCUUUGGAUCCUUCCGAGAAAAGCAUUCAAAUGAGAAUAUCGAACGAGGAAUUUUCCUGUCCUCUGUGUUUUGAGAUUCUUGGAGAACCGAAGUCGUUGCCUGGAUGUGCACAUAAUUUUUGUAAAAUUUGUAUUCAUGAAKUGUUGAUCAGAAACAAGAAUACUGAAAUUUCUUGUCCAGUUUGUCGUAAACCAUCCCAAGUACCUUCGAAUGGAGCCGAAGGAUUUCCUACUAACACUUUCAUAGUCAGGCUUAUUGAUAAMAUACCGGGUGUAAACGAAAAGCGAGAGUUACUAAAGGCUGUGGCUACUUGUAAGGAUGAAAUACAAAGGAAUGAAAAAAUACGUGACGAGAUCGAGAAACGUCGUAGUGUCAUCAACAGAAAUAAAGAGCUUGCAGAGGAACUGAAAACACAAGUUUCUCUAUAUGCAAAGGAAACGAUUGGGGAGAUAAAAAACUGCGAACAGAAAUUAUGCAGAGAGAUUGACGAUUUUCUGAGACAGAAAUUUGGCUUGCCUCAUGAAAACAGCCUUGACAAAGCCAAGAAGAGGCUAGAGACUGUUUUACAACAGGCSUCAAACUGUGUGUACAGUGUUGAGGACAUUUUAAAGAAAGAUGACUUAUCUGUAAUUCUAGACUUGAAGACAGUGAUGGUUGAACAACUGGCUGAGUACUCUAAGUUUCCUGCAGUAAUAGGGGCUGCAAACAAAGAAAUUCCUACAUUUGAUCUGCAGCUUGAAAAAAAUUUGACUGCAAGRGAAAAUUUAUUAGGAAAGGUUGUGAGUAAGAGGGUGUCUGGAGAAAGUAGCAAUAGUGAAAGAGUAGAACUACAAUGGGGCUCAUCUUCGUCAUUUGUUGAAAUAGAAAAAGAAAGCAUUCAAAGCACCCAUUCUUCUCAUACUUCGAGUGACGAGCCAGUUUUGUCGUCUGAACCUGAUUGGGUCACUCCUAUUGACCGCCCUGGUUUUACGCAAAGUGAAAUUGUUGCAAGUACCAGUUUACCUUUUGAGCCGUUUAGCAUUGCCGUCAGUCCCCACAGUGGUGAUAUUGCCCUGUUGUGGAAAGAAAAUAACAAAGUUUAUCUUUACAAAGCCAAUGGAUCACAGUACAAUACRAUCAACAUUAGAUAUGGAAAUCUUUGGGAUGUUGGUUUUUCGAUUGAUGACAACAUAGUUGUUGUCAAUCGUGCAAAUAAUCGUUUGUUAUUUUAUGACAGAGACAAUCAUUUCAUGAACCAAGAAAGAGACAUCCCAAGAACCGGUCUCAAGUAUACAUACCUCUCAGUUUGUGAGGAUGGACGUCUKAUUGUGACUUCAGCUCGUACUGAAGAUGAUGAUGAUGACAGUGAGGAUGAUGAAGAGAGUGAUGAUGAUGAUGAUGAAAUUGUCCAGUGCAUUAUCGUCUAUGAUGCUGAUGACAGAAGCUGCAAAARAAUGUUUGGACGAAAACACCUUGACAACCCUGUCAGCCGUGCUGUUUUCCACAAUGGAUCAUACUACAUUGCAGAUAAGGACAGCUCUUCAAACAUCAUUUACCUAAAGAUAUUCAGUUCACAAGGCCAAUAUAUUGCUUCAUUUUCAGAUGGACACCCCAGUUAUGGUUCUGCCUCUUUCUCCAAAGACAUUGAUUUUGAUAGGCUAAUAAUGGCUAAGGGUCUCCUACAGUAUGUUGUUGGCUCUCCAAAUUCACCAGCCAUGUCAGUCAUGACAGAACACAAUCCUCCCCAUGGCUUUUACAUUCACAAACAAGAGGUAAUACCAAAGUCUUUUCACUCACAGCACUAUGAAGGAAUGUUAAAGGUAGAGAUAUAUAGAGAUCAGAAAGUUUUUAACAUAGUUCAUUAUCACUUUCAAAAAUUGGGGCGUUUUUAUCCAAGGUAGUUUCCCUUUAAGUAUUUAUGGAAACACAUCAUUUUGUCCUUUCAAGGACUCACUGUUGGGUUGCCAGGCCAAUGUGAAAACUCUUGGGACUCCAGUUUGGCAAGAGUCACAUAAGUCCCUGAUCUCAGAUUAAUACUGUCAGAGCACAUUCCCAUGUUGAAAGACAAUCAUUGCACUAUUUGUUUGGUCAGCCCAGGCAUCAUCAGCUUUAAUUAUUCUGUCCAACAUUUUAUGCAUUUCUAGAAUUAAAYGUUUAAACACUCAUGCUCRUUUAUUARACAGUAAUUAGAGUCACAUAGAUUGGGUUUCAGAUAUAUUUAUGCAUGCWAUGUGGGAACAAGGAUCUAAGUCAUAAACACUAAGCUUUUUCUGUAUAUUCCAUAAUCGGUACUUGGUAUUGUCAAAGGAUUAUUCUAUUCUUUUUAGACUAACUUUUUUAUCCUCAGUGGUAGGAUUUUUAUGGAUGAUUUUAGAUCAAUUUUUAGAGCUUGCAAUUUGUUAGCACAGCACAGAGGUAUUGACAGCAAUUAUUUUUACUGUCUCAAGAACAAUUCUAUGCUCUUCAAGUAGAUUAUUUAUGAAAUAAAAUAAAGAAAUGUGUCUAUAGUCAUUCUAGUGCUUUUGCACUAUUGGGGACACCUUUCACUCAUACACACUACCACUACAUUCAAUGUUCUAUGCACACAACGCUCAACUCACAUGUUGAUUUUUACGGAGGGAGGAAACCGGAGAACUCGGAGAAAACCCUCAUCACAUAGGAGAGAAUAACACAUCAAACUCAAAUUCACACAUUGAAUUUUAUAAAUGUCAAAGAAAAAAAGCCUAAUUUUAUCCAAAAUUUUAUUCAAAAAUUCAGUGGAAAAAUUUUUUCAUCAAACUUACAAUUGUUAUAAUUGAAGUAUAAAAUUUUCAAAAGGGUAAUUAAAUAUGGAGUCAUAUAUUGACUUAGGAAAAUAGCUUUUAAAGUGCAAAGUUUUUUUUUUUUGCUUUCUGCUUAUUCAAAUGUAUAAUAAAAUUAAUGUAAUAUUCAUGUUAUAGAAUAGUGAUAAGAGUAAAUUAUGCAUACGUGCACUAAAUUGAUAAUGAGCCUGAAGCGAGAUGACGUUUUACCCCCGACUCUAUACCAUAAUAGUUUUUGAAAUUCUUUCAUAUUAAAAUUUUUGGUUCCUUAGAGAAUACAGGAACAAUAGUCAUAAUUAAAGAACAAAAGCAGYGUGAAAAGGAUUAUGGUCUAGAGACAGGGGCAAAACGUCAUCUUGCUUCAGGCUUAUAGAGAAUCAAAUUCGUAAAAUACCACAAAGGUGCUCCUUAAUUACACACUCAUAUAYAAUACAAUAAUAAAAAUAAGUAAAAUCAUAUUGAAGAAAUAGAAAAUGCGCUCGUGUGCUGUGUGCAGUCAUAAAGCACGCUGGGUUAGCAGAACACAAGAGAAGUGUAAUGAGCAGUAUAACAUGUAGCAGUUGUGCUUCUCAACACUUCUCGAGUGUUCUGCCAAUCCCCAAGUUAUUGCUUUAUAACUUCACACAGCACAGCAAGCAAGUUUUUUUAUUUCUUUUAUAAAAUACAAGUUACAAUAACUUAUGAUAGAUAGGAAUAAUGCAACUGAAAGUGUGCUGUGUGCUCUCAUAAAGCACACGUUCCCAACCAAUCAGAACAYGAGAUUUAUAACAAUUAUUAUUAUAAUUAGUAAUAGACCAGUUUUACCAUGUUUGGUUUCCUUUGUUAUUAUUUCUUUCUUUACCAGUAACACAAACAAUCUUAUCAAAGGAAUGACACAAAGUGUAACAUGGUAAAACAGUGGUCAGGUCUAUUUGCACUUGAAAAUGAUUAUAAACUUUUUUYCAUGGGCUGUCUCAUUCCCAGUGCCUCGUCAGCUGUCAAACCAGAGCUGAAAAUGCAUUGAGAAUGAACAUCUAUGUCUAUUCUUGAUUAAUUUCGAUUUCUAAGCUAUAAAAAUUUGAAUGAUUAAAAUGGAAAGUGUCAUGA